CAGGGAGGACGACACACCCACUGAACACACUGAGACAAACCAGGACGAGCAGGUGGGACCAGUGUGAGUUCAACCAUCCGGACACAAACCAGACAAAUGUGGGAUUAACAGCCGCUGAAAACUUUCACCGAGGAGGGAAACCUGCCUCUAUUUUUAUUUUAUUUAUUUUAUUUGUGGACUUUCUGGGUCCAACUUCAGCCGAAAGACCUGAGUUCAGUCCAGCAUCAUAAACUGAGCCGUAAACGGGAGAAGAGGGAAGUCCUGAAGUUCUCCUGAGGACGAUCUUUACCCGACGUCUGUGAGUCCUCGUCCUCGUCUCCGUCCUGGUUCAUGACUGACUGACCCUCAGCCUCCGUCCGUCCUCCCAGACUCACGUCCACAGUUUGUACUAUGAGUGUAUGAUGUCUGAGAGCAGCGGCGAUGGCCUGCAGCAGCGGUCAGAGCAACGCCGAGACUCUGGAGGGCUUCCACGAGGUGAACCUGGCCUCGCCCACCACCCCUGACCUUCAGAACCAAGCAGAGAACCGCCCCCCCGCACGCCACAGCGCCCCGCCCACCUCCCUGUACCGCACCCACUCUCUGGGCCCGCCCCCCGCCGGCCUCCGGACGUCCCUGCGGGCGGACCAGCUCCCGACCCAGCCGGUCUACUCCACGCCGCGCCACAGCCACAAUGGAAGCGUGCCGGGCCUGGAGACGGACUCGUCCGAGGGGAACCUCGUCCCCGGGGAGGACGGGGACGAGUGCGGCGCUCUGAGCGACGGCCUGUCGCGUCUACGCAGCCCGUCGGUGAUGGAGGUCAGAGAGAAAGGAUACGAGCGGCUGAAGGAGGAGCUGGCGAAGGCUCAGAGGGAGCUGCUGUUGAAGGAUGAGGAGUGUGAGAGGUUGUCUAAGGUCAGAGACCAGCUCGGCCAGGAGCUGGAGGAACUCACCGCCAGCCUCUUCCAGGAGGCUCAUAAGAUGGUGAGAGAAGCCAACGUCAAACAGGCCAACGCUGAGAAGCAGCUGAAAGAAGCUCUGGGGAAGAUCGACGUCCUCCAGGCCGAGGUCCAGGCCCUGAAGACGCUGGUGCUGUCCUCCCCCACCUCCCCCGUGGGAGAGCUCCCGCCUGCGGGGGGAGUGAAGACCCCGUUCAGGAAGGGCCACAGCAGGAACAAGAGCACGUCCUCCGCCAUCAUGGGGACGCAGCCCGACCCGUCGGCCACGCAGCCCAUCGUCCGCGAGUGCAGAGAGGUGGACAGUCAGCUGUUCGCUGAGUUCAAGGCCUGGAGGGAGGAGCCGACGCUCGACCGGAAUUGUUGCUUCCUGGAGAGAGUUUACCGAGAGGACAUCUACCCCUGCCUCACCUUCUGCAAGAGCGAGCUGGGGUCGGCCAUCUUGGAGGCGGUGGAGCAGAACACGCUCAGCGUGGAGCCGGUGGGUUUCCAGCCGCUGCCUGUGGUCAAAGCGUCGGCGGUGGAGUGUGGAGGACCAAAUGGGCGAAGGGCUGAGCUCGUCACAAAAUGUGCCCUGAGCGGUCAGACCAAAACCUGUAAGCACAGAAUCAAGUUUGGAGAUUCGUCCAACUACUACUACGUGUCUCCGUACUGUAGAUACAGAAUCACAGCGGUGUGUAAUUUCUUCACCUACAUCCGCUACAUCCACCAAGGGCUGGUCAAACAGCAGGACGCGGAGCAGAUGUUCUGGGAGGUGAUGCAGCUCCGUAGAGAAAUGUCCUUCGCUAAACUCGGCUACUACAAAGACCAGCUGUGACCCACGCACCCUAAGCCCCGCCCCCUCCACAGGAUCUUCGGUUUUCCUCCUCCUCCUUCGUUUGUGUGAGUGUUUUUGAGGCUGAGACAGAAUCAUCAUCAUCAUCACAACAACCGACUGAAGGACUGUGACGUCGCUGUUCUGUGAGCUCCAUCAUUUCUUUAUUCAAACAUGUGACACUCCCAAAAUGAAGAAGCAGCUAUGCCCCGCCCCCUCACCCCUCCUCCCCCUCCCCCAAAAAUACUGUCAUUAAAUAUAUAAGUGUUCAAUUAAAAGUGAAGACAAUUUUGGACAGAAGUUAGAGAAAACGAGCCACUUUGUGAGGGGAGGAAACGAAAUUUAGAGAAAUUAGUUCAAAUGUUUUGGGAAACAUUCACUGAAUAAAGAUUCAGGUUUAAAUUUUUGAGGAAAGCAAAAAAAAAAUGUUUUUUGAAAAAUUAGGUUGUCAAUUUAGGGGAAAUUUAUUUUGCUGUUUAAAAGUAAAGCUGUGAAAUCUUCAAUAUUGAGGAGAAAAAGUCGGUUUUUGGGAAAUAUUUCAUAUGUAGAGAACAAAUUUAUAAAAACAAAUUCUAUUCUUGUAAAAGUCUUUGUAAAAUUACAACUUCUUUAGGACUAAAGUCACAAAUUCUGACCUUUUUUUUCUUGUAAAAUUAUUUAAUUCUAUUUAACCACAAUCUUUAAAAUAUUUUCAAGAAAACAGGUCAAUGUUCAAAAGUUUGAAAAGUUAAUUUAUUCACAAAAUAAAGUCACAUUAUCUCAAUUUUUGACUUUUCCCCAAAUUUAAAUAUUUAUCUUGUAAAAUGAAAAAUUGCCUUUUCAUUUAUUCAAUUAUCAUUAAAUGUUCAAAUUAGAAACAUAAAAUUUUGUCCUUUAAUUUUGAAUGAUUCUGUCUCAGAAAUUCUCAAAUUUCACAAGAUUGUUUUCAACUUUUUCUUUGUUCUAACUUUAUUCUGGAAAUUUAAAUGUUCUCAUAAAAUUAUCUCCAAAUAUAAGACUGGGAUUUAAUUUUCUAAAUAUUGAACUUCGUCCUAAAAUGUACAUAUUUUUCAAAUUAAUUUACAUAUUUUCAAGAUAUAAAUUUAAACUUGUGACUUUAUUCUUUGAAAUAUUCUCUAAAAUUUGACCUUUUUUGAAAAUCCCAACUUAAUUUAAAAUACUAUUUUCUUCCCUCGCAAAACAUAAAUUAAAAAAAAAAGAUGUCCUCCCCUGACAGUGGCUUUUUUUUUCCUCCGUCUAAGAUGAAAAUAAACACAAUGAAGCGUGUCUGUGGAGUUAAAACCAUGACCGACGUAUUAUUUAAGAAGUUAAACCGUGUAUAAGCUCCUAUUUAAUUUUGUUUUUUCGUUAAUGAUGCAGAGAUAAUCAGAAAGUUUUUUUCUUUCUUUUAGAGUUUGUGGUGGUCGUUUAUUUUAUUUUGUUGUCGGAAACAUUUCAGAUUCACAAUGAAAAACACUAAAAUCUCUGAACGUGAGGUUGUGUAGAUGCUGACGAGGGGUUUGUGUACAUAUUGAAGCUGUGUGAAUGUCGUUGUGUAAACUUCAUUUAAACCUCAACAUGUCUCUCCCGGUUUGGUUUAGUGCCUUUUACUCUCAGACACUCUGAAAUAAAAACAGUGAUACCUCUGGAAACACAUG